AUGACGCUCCUCGAAGAGGUGCUCGCCGCCGCACCGCCGGCGUACAGCGGCGCCGGCAGCAGCGCCUCGACGCUGCUGCUGGCCUCGGCGCCCGGCCGCCUGCCGACGCAGCUCUGGCUCGCCAUCCUCGCUCACGUCGUCGAGCCGCGCGCCGGGCGCCGCCAGAGCGUCGCCGGCUGGGCGGCGCUGCACCGCUCCGUGCGCUUCGUCUGCAAGGAGCUGUACCUCGUGUCGAUGCACAUGCUGCGCUCGCGCUAUCUGCUCGCCUACCUGCGCAAGGUGCGCUCGCCCUUCACCUCUGAUCCGUACCCCUCGGGCGCCGCGCCGUCUUCGUCGCACACGGCGCACUACCCGCUGCCCUCGUCCUCUGCGCUGCUCGACUCGCAGGCGAGGCGCGAGACGCGCGUGCUGGACCUCUUCAUUGCCGGGCAGGUCGUGUCCGAGGUCGACGAGGUCGAGUCGGACCUGAUGCUCGACACGUACGGCGUCGUCGACCUCUUUGCGCUGCAUCAGCCGCAGGCGCGCCUCGAGGACCUCGUCCUGGCCUACGGCACACGCGCCGACCUCAUCCUCUCGCGUGCGCAGCUGCAGUCGUCCGAGAAGCCGCGCCGCAUGAUGCCGCACCAGAUCCGCGCCGAGGACGUCAGCGUCGGCUUUGGCCUCAACAGCGUCGCGCUGCGGCUGCCGUUUGCCUUUGGACGUGCGCCGCCCGGCGAUGCGCCGCCGCGUCUCUCGAAGCGCACCGUCGUGACGCUCGAGCGCGAGCGCAGCGAGAAGCUCGAGGCCACGGCCAUGCAGCUCGUUGCCGGCCUCAAGUACGAGGGCGUGCGGCGCUGCGAGCGAGGCGGUGCCACUUGGUAUGAGGGGCCUCGAGAGUAG